AUGAGCAUCCAUGGCUUGUGGCGUGAGUUGGAGACCGCAGCAGUUUACAAUGUCACUGCCUCCGAGGUGCCAAACUGUUGGUCCGUGACCCUUUUGGAUUUCCCGGCAACGAACCUGCGCAUGUUCGAAAUCCGGGAGACUGGCCAAGGCAAGCUUCUCUUCGAUGUGUUCUGUCCCGAAGAGGAGGAGCCUUACCGGCUCGUGAUGGAUAACAGGCUGCCCACGCGCAUUGUUUGGCACUGUGAGGGCCGAAAUCGGCGUACCUGGGAUAAGCGUGUGCAGCUCUGGAGCUCUCUGUUAGUUCAGCUGAUGUGCGAGUUUGAAGGCGGCUCGUUCCAGCUGGUUCUUCGGAAGCUCACAGGUGAAGUGAUUUCAAAGGUCGCCAUGGAUCCUGCUACGAGCUGGGAGGAAGCAAGAAUGCUCAUGACACCGGGACUCAGAGACCUGCUGAAGAAGGGGAGGAAGCUUGCGUUUGUUUCACCUUUGGGGGACGUCCUGACACGAUGUGACGACGAACGACCCAUCGGUGCCAUCGUGGGAUGUGCUGAGCUGUGCGAUCAGCAGCCGGGAAAGAAGCAGAGACUGCAAGGAUGA